AUGGGGGUGAGGAGGUUAGUGCGGGUGAUGGGGGUGAGGAGGUUAGUGUGGGUGAUGGGGGUGAGGGUUAGUGCGGGUGAUGGGGGUGAGGAGGUUAGUGCGGGUGAUGGGGGUGAGGAGGUUAGUGCGGGUGAUGGGGGUGAGGAGGUUAGUGCGGGUGAUGGGGGUGAGGAGGUUAGUGCGGGUGAUGGGGGUGAGGAGGUUAGUGUGGGUGAUGGGGGUGAGGAGGUUAGUGCGGGUGAUGGGGGUGAGGAGGUUAGUGCGGGUGAUGGGGGUGAGGAGGUUAGUGCGGGUGAUGGGGGUGAGGAGGUUAGUGCGGGUGAUGGGGUGAGGAGGUUAGUGUGGGUGAUGGGGGUGAGGAGGUUAGUGAGGGUGAUGGGGGUGAGGAGGUUAGUGUGGGUGAUGGGGGUGAGGAGGUUAGUGCGGGUGAUGGGGGUGAGGAGGUUAGUGCGGGUGAUGGGGGUGAGGAGGUUAGUGUGGGUGAUGGGGGUGAGGAGGUUAGUGCGGGUGAUGGGGGUGAGGAGGUUAGUGCGGGUGAUGGGGGUGAGGAGGUUAGUGCGGGUGAUGGGGGUGAGGAGGUUAGUGCGGGUGAUGGGGGUGAGGAGGUUAGUGCGGGUGAUGGGGGUGAGGAGGUUAGUGCGGGUGAUGGGGGUGAGGAGGUUAGUGCGGGUGAUGGGGGUGAGGAGGUUAGUGUGGGUGAUGGGGGUGAGGAGGUUAGUGCGGGUGAUGGGGGUGAGGAGGUUAGUGCGGGUGAUGGGGGUGAGGAGGUUAGUGCGGGUGAUGGGGGUGAGGAGGUUAGUGCGGGUGAUGGGGGUGAGGAGGUUAGUGUGGGUGAUGGGGGUGAGGAGGUUAGUGCGGGUGAUGGGGGUGAGGAGGUUAGUGCGGGUGAUGGGGGUGAGGAGGUUAGUGCGGGUGAUGGGGUGA